AUGGCAACUCUGCAUACACUGACAGGUGCUCAUAUCGUUCUACUGGCCGUGCAGUUGGCAUCGGAAGGAGACCUGAAAGGCCUGCAACGAGUGGUCCGUGGCCGCCGCGAUGUGCUGUCCGACACUCUCAUAUAUCGACUCCUCCUGUCCUUCUACCCGGCCGAGGUCUCUGAGCAGUCGGAUCUCGUCAAGUUCCUCAAGUCCCUCAGGAAUCUCCCACCGGACUCUGCAGACAACGCCGAAACCGACACCGACACCGACACCGACGAGAAAAUCGAUCCCUCCCUUUCCCACCUCCCCAAGAAAGAAGCAUUCGAUCAGUGUCGGGCUCUGAGACUACGGCACAUUCCUGAGCAUGCCUCCAUAGAUACCAACAGCACGCUAGCAAAUUUCAUAAUUGAAUGGGCCAAAGGCUUAGAGUUAAUCAGCGGUGCGACGCAGCCACCGCUUCAUUUCGUUGAGCAAUUCUUAGAUGACGAUGAGGACCUGCGCCUUUGGUACGAGACCUAUUUAGUGCCUGUGGUUCGACUGCAGUAUGAAUUCUAUCCAGAAAACGAGAAGGUUGUUGGAGUGCAAGAGCUCGAGACACUGUCGGGAGCAGAAGGCGUACAGACGCUGCUACAGUAUGCCGAAAGACAGAAUGCCGCUUCUGCCAUCGUCAGAGAUCUCGAUUACGUCGUCGCUCCAUGGGUGCGUGGCGCUCAUCGAGCAAAGAGGAGAAAGGUCCAGCGUCCAGGGGGGCUUGUGACUGCAGAAAAUGCGUCCUGGGAGGCCGUGAAUGAAUGGCUCGUGGCGUCGAGUUUGGUUGAUUUUAGCGUUGCGGCUAGUGUUUUCAUACAGUGGAAUGGUCCCGUUCAAGAUCCUCAACCCACCGAUGAGGGUGUUACGCGUUUCGCCCAGAUUGGCCUGGCUAUCAUCUAUGGCUGCUCAAAAGUGUCUCCAGAGACACAAUCUAUGUCUCGACAAGUGCUUGACAAAGCCGCCAGAUCAGCAGGUCUGAAGCCUCCGGACUUUUCCAGAUCUCCGCCUGAGGUCUCCCUUCCGCCGUCCUUCUCCAAAGGGUUUGACGAAGCAGACUUGUUGCAAAGCUCGCUUUCCCGAAACGCGAAUCCAUUCACACACGUAGACGAGGCUUCUGUCAACCUUCUGGUCGGACUACUCUAUACUGCUGACAUUUUGUUGGGGUUGGGACAACCUGUGGCAAUCACCGACGUGGCACGAAUCUGUGUUUUUGGCUCUGAACUUCGUCAUGAAGAAGAACUCCGUCGACUACUACAGCACAUCCCCCGCAUGACCCGGAAAGCGAUUGACUGGCGUUUGGUGCGUCGAGACCUGCUGUGGUUGCAGACCUGGAGCAGCACUCGACAACUCACCUCGCAAGCCCAACAGCCAGCGUUUCUAUCACGUCUCUCGCCCGACUAUGUGGAAAGACAGAUUCUGGACGCCCUUCUCCGGGCCAGUCAAUAUGACAUUGUCAAAGAAGUGUAUAUUGACACUACCUUUCUCCCCCUGAAGGUGCCAGACGUUGAAGAUAGGAUAGUCGCUGCCAUUCUCGAAGCCUAUGACAAUGCCAGCAAUGGAAACAAGGACCGUGGCGGAAUGAAACGUGCACACGAGAUACUGAGAGCAUUCCGCCCCCUGUUACCCCAGUCUUCGAGCUUACCUGGUAUAGACCACCUCAUUCGAGCCACCCACAGCCUCUCAUUCUAUCAGCUCACUCUGCAACAUGGUGUUCCAUUCAAACCGGUGGCUAUCCGUGUGCAGAAAGAUCCCUUGACGCUGGUGGAGAAGGUCUUGGAGCAGGAUGCAAAAGCCUACACCAAGUUGGACGACCUGCUAGAGAUCGGGCGUAACCUCGUGCGUGCCUAUCUUCCAAAACAUGGGACGAUGCCGGAUGACUUGGAUCCUAUCAAAUUGCGUGUGUCCGACGCUGAACAUAGGAUCACCUACUCAGCUGUCAUGGCCGCCCUCGCCGCUGACGAUUUCCACACUGCUUAUGCUUACAUCACAACCCGCCUCUCCAUCUCUCCAACACGCGCUAUAGGGGCUGGGUUUGCGGACGACACUUCGUGGCGGGCAGCGUAUGCUGCUGGCAGAUAUCGACCGCAGGCGCCACCAAAUGGUCUGAAGGCUCGCAUCGACAGUCUGGCUCAGCGAAUGGAGCUUCUUUCCCGAGCGCUAAUGCUCGCGCCAUCUGGGGACGCUUUGGCAGGGAUACUGGCAACCUGGCGUCGCUACGAAGAAGAGAUGGAUGGUCUGAAGACACAAGCCAUGGAGGAAGAGCGAGCUUUCGACGCCCAUGCUGACGCUUCACUGCCCGGGGCGUUCGCACUGGAGGACCGUGAUGCAGAUGCAGCCGAAACGACGCGGGUGAUGGCACGCCGAAGUGGGCCAGGUACUGCUACGGGGCCUUCUUAUGAGGAAGAAGCACCGAUGGGGCUUUUUGAUGUCGCUAGAGGGGCCGCGGCUGCUUUCAGGAAAAGCGCUAUUUUCCCCCUGGGCCCGUCAGGACUGCAAGAUCUCAAGAUCCGAGAGGCAGCACCACCACCAAAUGGUCAGUCGUGGGAGGAAACUGCUCCAGCUCAAUCAACUGCCAGUGGCAAGGUUCGCAAGAGAGAUAUGGUCACUAAUAUGGUCACCAGUGGGUUGGUCAGUGGCAUGGGCUGGGUUCUCGGGGCUCAACCGCAGGACAGGGUUGAUCGCAGCACGGAGAGUUUUGACUGA